UUUUAAGAAACAUUUCGAGACCGAAGGGCCAAUGGUGUAUCCACCCAUUCAAAAAUUUAACCUAGUGGCUGCUAAUGGGUUAGUCAUCCCGUAUAUUGGCUACAUUGAGGUGGAUUUAAAUAUUUGUGGCAAAGUCAUACCAAAAAGGGGCGUGCUUAUUGUCAAAGAUUCAAACGGAUCAUCAUAUCCAGGGUUGAUUGGCAUGAAUGUAAUUAAGGAAUGUAGAGAAUUUUUAAUGACAAAAACUGGAGAUGAUUACCUAGGCUCAGAAAGUGAAGUACAAGUUAAAGUAUGGCGCCAGAUGUUUUCUGUGUGUGAAGAUUUAUUACAUUUUGCUGACGAGUCGGGGCAGAUAAGUUCAAUUUACUGGCCCCAGGGAAGGAAAAAAAUAAUACCACCACAGUCAGAGAUGGUGAUCGAGGCAUGUGCACGGGUUCGGCCUGAUAAGAGGGAUUAUGUGGGUUUGGUAGAACCAUGUCCAGAUGUAUUGCCAGGGCAGUUAUUGGUAGCCCGAUCGUUGAGUACAGUUUCAAAGGGAAGGGUUAUGGUUAGAAUUCUUAAUCUGUCCCCAGUGGCUGUGAUCCUCUCCCAACGCUGCCGGAUUGGACAGCUUUCAGAUGUGGAGUUGUGUUCUUCUGGCCUGCAAGGAAAUGUGGAAUUAAGAUCAUUAGAUGAUGACACUGUGGAGGUAAGCGUGAGACAAAAUAGAGUGCAGGAUGACGAACAAGUGCAGAUGCCAUGGCCUGUUGCUGUACCGUUAGAUCCACAGCAGUUUAGUCUAAAACAACAAGAGAUGAUUUCUGGUUUGCUGGCUAAACAUCAGAAGGUUUUCUCAGAGCAUGAGGAAGAUUAUGGAUUUACAGAUAGAGUCUUGCAUGUAAUACCAACAGGUGAUGCAGCCCCAAUUAGAGAACGUUACAAUAGGAUUCCACCAAAAUUGUAUCAGGAAGUUAGGGGACUUUUAAGUAACAUGCUUGAGAAUGGUAUUAUUAGGGAGAGCUAUAGCCCCUGGGCAGCACCUGUAGUGCUUGUCAGAAAGAAGGACGGCACCCUUCGUUUCUGCGUAGACUACAGGUGUCUGAAUGGUGUUACACAUAAAGAUUCAUAUCCUUUGCCUAGAAUUGAGGAAUCACUAGCCUCAUUGAAAAAAUCUACAGUGUUUUCAACUUUAGAUUUAGCACAUGGGUAUUGGCAAGUGGGGGUGCACCCAGCUGACAAAGAGAAGACCGCUUUUGUUACCCCAAUGGGGCUAUAUGAAUUUAAUCGGAUGCCAAUGGGGUUAUGCAAUGCUCCAGGAACUUUUCAAAGGCUGGUUGAAAGCUGUCUUGGGGAUCAAAAUUUUGAAACUGUGUUGCUUUAUCUGGAUGAUAUAAUUAUUUUCUCCUCCUCUUUUGAGGCUCACAUUGACCAUCUGGACUUGGUUUUUAGUCGUCUUGGGGAUUUUAACCUGAAAGUAAAACCAACUAAGUGUUCUCUGUUUCAGAGCAAAGUGCAUUAUUUGGGCCAUGUGAUUUCAGAAGGAGGGGUGUCACCAGACCCAGGGAAGUUGCAAGCCGUGGAGACAUGGGUGGCUCCUCAGAACAUUACCCAGCUUCGGGCCUUUUUGGGCCUAGUGGGUUAUUAUAGACGUUUUAUAAAAGACUUUGCAAAGAUUGCAGCACCACUGAAUUCAAUGUUAUGGGGGACAUCGAAACGACGAACUCAACCAGCUGCAGGUAAAGCAGAGCGUUGGGCAUGGGGGGAGAUGCAAGAAAGCGCCUUCAAGAAAUUAAAGGAGAGCCUCCUGCAAGCACCCCUAUUAGCAUAUGCUGAUUUCCAGCUGCCAUUUGUGCUGUAUACGGAUGCCUGUCAGACGGGUUUGGGAGCAGUACUUGCUCAGGUUCAAGAAGGGAAGGAGAGAGUAAUUGCUUAUGCAAGCAGAAGCCUACGCCCUACAGAGAGGAACGAUAAAAACUAUAGCUCAUUUAAAUUAGAACUGCUGGCUUUAAAAUGGGCUAUAGCGGAAAAGUUCAGGGACUAUCUUGCUGUGUCUCCCUUUACUGUGUUCACAGAUAAUAAUCCGCUGGCUCACCUGAAUACGGCUACGCUGGGGGCAGUGGAGCAACGAUGGAUGGCUCAAUUGGCUGGAUUUCAGUUUGAUGUGCGCUAUAGACCAGGACGGACGAAUGGAAACGCUGAUGCCCUCUCGAGAUGGCCUGGGAAAGAGACAGAUGGCCAGUCUAUAGAGGAUGAAGCAGUGCCAUGUGGUGAGCCGGGAUAUGUACCAUCUGAAGUGGUUCAUGCUUGUGUCCAUGCCUUUGUUCCAGUAGUUAAGGACCAGGAGAAGGAGCCAAGCAAAGAACGAGAGCCACAGUUGACCCAGGAGGAGUGUGUCGGACCUAGUUUGUUGGAUGACUGGGUGAGGGCACAGCGGGCGGAUCCAGUGCUGUCACGAUUGUGGAUGUAUAUGGACAGAGGAAGAGGCCCUGGACCAAGAGAACGAGCAGCAGAGGAUCGACCUACUCAAGUGGUGCUGCGACAGUGGGGUCGUCUGGGCACCGAUCGAGGAUUGUUGUGCCGUGAGGUUUUGCUGUGCACCGUGAUCAGGAUGUUCUACACCGCCUUUGCCACUCUCUUUUUACUUGGUGUUGUUACUGCCCAGACAUCCCUUAGGAUUACAUCCUGCUUGACUAAAGACCAAAACCUUCAAAUGUCCUGCACCUUCACUCCAGCUCCAGACACCAAGCUCUCAAAAACAUGCUACUACAUGACUGACAAUAAAUUGAUUGGCAGUACCAACAGCAGCAGCACACCAGACAGCACGUUCAGGAACCGUGCCAAUGUCACCAUUACUGAUAACAAGUGUGACCUGUAUUUGAAGGGUUUACCAGAUAGCAAACCUGCAAACUACACUUGCUUUAUCAGACAGACUGCCGCACCGGUGUCAAUCAUUCAAACUGUGGACAAGAGUAAGCUUCAGACCUGUUCAGCGUGGAGUGUUUUGCAACACAGUGGAGUAGCGUUCCUGUUGGCCUUCCUCACUUUCCCACUGUUGUCAGAGCUUCUGUGAGCAUGAAUUGGAUCUCCUGAAAUAACUCUACUCCCACAAAACUUAUUCUCAAUCCUCUAUCUUGCAGAAGUUUCAUAUAAUUCUGAAAUCCAAAGUCUUCUGACUGUUUUAAUUUGUGUGUGUACACUGGUUCAGGUUGUGCUGAUGUCAAACACUGUUAUAUCAUGCAUGUCCUUUUUAAAUAACAUGUGCUGUUGUAAAUGUGAACCAAAUGCUUGGCAUUGUUUUAAUUAUUCUGAAAUAAAAUAUUAUUGUACUCCCUA